ACCGAAUGGACAUGUACCCCUUGCAUAAAUAAGGCCGCAAAUCCAAUCGUCUGGGCAGGUGGCUCCCCAGCUGGCCAGAAGGCCAUGGGACCAGACAAUAGUAUGCAGCCGGCUACAGUCCCCUACCAGUCCAGCAACCAAACAUACCAUCAACCAAACAAAUUCCAACAACAACCGCACCCUUCAGCGGGGUCUGGAGCCGCUUUCCCGUUGGGCUACGACUGUGCCGCCGGUCCAAUGAGCGGUCAGUUGCCAAGGCCGGUCGGUCAUCCCGGCUCAGGGAGCCUGAGUCGGACGGGCCCCGUGACAUUGGCGACCCAGCACCGAGUGAUGCCCGACCUGCCAUGUCAAAGGGUGAAGACGAAUUUCAUCCCGAGGCUGCAGGUGACCAGGGUUGCCGGUCAGCCGGCAGAAGAAGAGUCCGGUGGCACGGCGAGCAAAUUGUUGGGUGGGCUGUUUGGCCUCUUCUCCAAUGCAGGCUCUUCACCCGUGGAGGCUGUGGCCGGAGCCGAUAUCGCGGGUCAGCCUGGCCGAAGAAGAGCAAGUCUUUCGGGACUCAGAAGGUGA